AUGUCUGACCAGAGCGAUAGCCAGAACAAGUCAGAGGAACAGGUACAAUUGAGUGAGGGCACUAGUCCCUCUAGCACUUCUGAUGAUGGCAGCAGGAGCACACCAAGCAACUUGCCCAAGGCAGCCACCAGAACAAGGAAGAAGAAAACCUCAGAUUCUAAAGAUGAGGAUUAUGUGGCUGUUGAGGAGGAAGUCAGCUCCAAGAAGAAGGUGCUGAAGAAAGAGUAUGGCACAGUUGCAUCAACUAAGCCUGGCUUGCACAAGAAGGCCCCUGCCAAGAGGGUGCCAACCUUAAAAGUUAGAGCCUCAACUGCUGAAACCUCCAAGCCAACUGAAGAGGCUGCUGGAGAAGGAAAGAAGAGAAAAGAAAGGGUCAAGAAGACCACUGCCAGAGUACUUGGUAGAUCCUCCAUUAUGAGAGAUUCAGAAGAAGAGGGGGAGGAAGAGGAUGCUGCACCAGCACCCAAGUCUCAAAAGCUUAUGGGAGAUGCUAUCAAAUCAGGGGCUGCUCCAUCUAAGCCCAAAUCUGCUCCCAAGACUGCUGCUCAAAAAUCCCCAAAGUCCAAGAGGAACACCAGGAGUAUACCUUCUGAGGAGAAGAACAAGGGUUCUCCUCACACCAUUCUGGCGGGGCUCGGUUCGCUGCGCGACCUCGACCUCAGCAACAAUCGCAUCCAAGAUGUGGACGACCUCGCGCCGCUCGCCCGCCUCCGCCUCGUCUCGCUCGACCUCUACGAGUGCCCCGUCACGCGGGUCAAGGACUACAGAUCCAGGGUGUUCGGGUUGAUCCGGACUCUCAAGUACCUCGACAAGAUGGACGCCGACGAGAACGAGCGCCCGGAGUCGGACGACGACGACGACGAUGGGGACGGCGAAGGUGAUGGCGAGGAAGAAGAUGAUGAUGAGGACGACGAUGACGAGGAUCCUGGAAGCGGCGAGGUGGCAAACGGGGGCGCCUCGCACUCGCGAGGUAGCGUGGCACCGCGCCCGGUGGAGGUGAAUGGGGUGAUCGAUGUGGAUGAGGAUGAGAGCGAGGCCGACGAGGUCGUGCCCAAUGGGGAAGCCGAGCACCACCACAGGGCCAACGGGUUCAGGGUUGCAGCGGUUGGGGUAGCCCCUGAUGAGGAUGAUGAAGACGUGGAUGAUGACGACGAUGAUGCAGACGAAGAGUAUGAGGAGGAGGAUGAUUUGGGAGAGGAGAUCGAUGAGGAGGGUGAUGAAGAUGACACUGUUGUUGAGGUACUUGACGUGCCCAGUAGUGAUGAUGAGGAGGAUGGCAUCGAUGAGGAUGAUGAUGAUGAUGAGGAGGAGGUUGAGGAUGAUGGUGAUGAAGAGAUUGAUGGACAUGAGCAAGGUGAAGGUGAUGAUGAGGAUGAGAAUGGUGAGAUCGGAGAGGAAGAUGAGGAAAGAUUGGACGAUAGUAGGGUUUAUGAGGAGGACAACGAUGAUGACGAUGCUGAUGAUGAGGAUGAAGACACAGAAUAUCUUGUUCAACCAAUUGUGACGCCCCAAGCCGUGGCUGUUGGAAGUCCAGAGGACUUUGAUAUUGCUGACCCUGAUGAUGUCGAUGAAGACAGAGACGAGGUCGAUGAUGAUGACGACGAGGGUGGCACAGACCAGCCGUCGUCCUUGCAGGGUAUCAAGCGGAAGAGGGAUGAUGACCCAUCAGGCAGUGGCAGCGACGAUGAGGAUGAUGAUACUGAAGACCGGCCGUUCAAGCACCAGUGA